AGGUCAGGAAGAGGUUUUUAUGUACAGGUUUGAGUAUCCGGGGCACUAGUAGCUAUGUCAGCAUGUCGAGGGGCCGGUGCGAUCGUCUCGUUCUUGGUGACCGUCUGGCUCGACUCAAGCUCCUCCUUCAUCGUUAGUGAGUGCCUUCGACCGGAUUGCCGUCAUGGCCUGCGCCGUGGGUUGGACCAGGGACGGGUCGUAGGCUUCGUACAACCCUGGACGGGUCUGGCGAGGAGCGCAAUAGCCGCCAGCUGCCCGUCGCUUGUCGGGGUCUUGAUGCAGACCAAGGGCGGCAACGUGGAGGCAGACACUCGAUCCGCUGAGAGCUCGGACGAUGUCGCAGGUCCAGGAAGCGCCCCCAAGAAGAGGAGAGGUCGAGGAAUCGGCAAGAACGAGAAUGUGGCUGCAGCUGCUCGUUCUUACAAGAUGUCGGAGAUGAACUUCUCUUCGUCUCCUCCUCUCAUCGAUGAACAACAGACGAAGAGUCAGGCCCGCAAGCAGGAGACGAAGAAACCUGCAAUUGCAAGAAACCAAACCUCCUCCUCUCCUCAAGGGCGGUGGAAGUCUCGACUGAGACCUGAUUGGGAUACUGACAGCACAAGUUCUUCAUCGCGGAUGCUCAGAGAAGGAUUGAACGCGCAGCGAGAGAUCCAGAAGCAAUCGCUCCAGGCGCUCAUGCGUAAGUUCACCAUGUUGCAACAGCCAAGGGAAGAGGAGAAAAGGUCCUCCUUCAUCGUCAACCCGGGGUACUGGGAGAAGCGACGGCUAGAAAAUGAG